AUGACCAUCUCGGACGUAGUAGGCCGACUCUGGGCACGCUGCAAGCGACGAUUCCGCGCCCACUGGGCGGAGCUGACCAGGAAGUUCAACUACCGCUCGGAGUUCUUCUUCGGCAUGGACUACUUGAUGGCCAUCGGUGGGCUGAGGUUCGAGCCAAAAAUCGGAGCCUCGCCGAUCUGGUGGAAACUGUACCGACUGUCGAUGCCGUUGAUUGCGGUUUUGAUGACGUGGAAAUUGGCGCGGAAUGUGGCGCAGGAAAAGAGUCUGGAUCGGGUCCUGAACAGCUUGCAGCUGGCAAUAGGAACUAUCGUGAUACUGAUGCGGGGUGUGCUCGUUGUGCGGUGUUACGAUGCUCUGAGCAGAGUUCGCGAGUACACCAACAGACGGGAUUUUGGCAAGGAUCUGGAAUGUUCGCUCCGGAUUCGUGCCGAUGCGUUUUACACUGUUCGACGAUUGGUGGUAAUCCUGGCUUCUGGACAGUUCUUUGGAACAAUCGCAUUGGCUACGCAGAACAUGGCCGACCACGACACUUUCGGGUUGCCGUUCGAUCUCCGGAACACAAGUGUUUUGCUGCAAACUGUCCUUCAGAAGCUCUACAGCCUGUCGUUUCUUGGAAUUACCUACACCUCCCUGGUGGGUAACAUGGCGGUCUACAUGGUACUGAAGGGACUGUUGACCGAGCUGACCAUUGUUGCAAAGUGCUUCGAAGGAAUCAUGGAUCGGACUAAUCAGCGAGUUGCUGUCAAAAUGGAUGGAAUCGCUGGAAACUCCGAACACUUGCGUCUCACCGAGCGAGAAUACUACUGGACAUGUCUAUCGGAGGAGUUCCAGAAGUGCAUCCAGCUACACCAGAAAUUGCUCAACUGUCUGAACGUUGCAAAGCCAUGGCUCAACGCUACACUGCUGACCGUGUACUAUUCGACCAUGCUGAAUAUCACUUGUGGAAUUGUCUACCUGCUGUCCACGGAAUCAUCCCAGAUGGGAAUCUACUCAAUACAGAUCUUCUACUACAUCGGAAUGCUCAUCUUCGAAUGCUACGUCCUGUCGUAUCUCGUGAGCAAGCUAACCGAAGUGAAAAAAUCCAUCGGCUUAACGGUGUACUCGCUUCCGUGGCCGGCGGACUUUGUGUUUGAGCCAAGAUUUGCGGCUCAGUACCGUUCGGCGGUCGCCACAAUCCUGGUGAUACUCGCAACCUCGCAGCAGCCGCUCCGACUGAACUGCUUCGGAUUCUUCGAGUUUACGCUGGAGCAGUUUGCCGAACUGGCCAACCAGACGUACUCGCUGGUGACGUUCUUCAGAAACUUUCCAGGAAUUCCGUGCCCCUCCAAAUCGUAUCUGUUGAUGCAAGCCUGCACAAAACCAAAUGGCCCGUCAACAACAACAACAGACUUUGCCCUAGUUAUAUCCAGAACACUGAUUUCCCAGCAGCUGUUGGCAAACCGCAAUACAUCAUAUCUGCUUGCCGGCCUAAGUUCGAUCUCGUCGUCGCCCCAGGUGUCAAUUAGCGAAAUCUUCCUCCUUCCCUUGGAGAAGACGACGGCUCUCCAACACAACAAAGCUGAGCAGAUUCGAUCCCGUCGCGAGAUAUUCCGCGGAUCAUCCCAGUGCGAAAAAUCAUGA